GGGUCGUGGCUCUCAGCAAAGUUUGAGAGGGGCCUGCGGUCAUGAGUGAGCUGGGCAAUCCCAAGACCAGCGAUGGCACCGUGUCUCGCCUGCUCAAUGUGGUGGAGAGUGAGCUUCAGGCAGGGAGGGAGAAGGGCGACCCUACGGAGAAGCAACUUCAGAUCAUCCUGGAGGAUGCCCCGCUCUGGCAGAGAUUCAAAGAAGUCACUAAUGAGAUGAUUGUGACCAAGAAUGGCAGACGGAUGUUUCCUGUCCUAAAGAUCAGUGUCACAGGGCUGGACCCCAAUGCCAUGUACUCCCUCCUGCUGGACUUUGUCCCCACGGACAGCCAUCGCUGGAAGUACGUCAAUGGGGAAUGGGUGCCCGCAGGCAAGCCUGAGAUGCCCAGCCACAGCUGUGUCUAUAUCCACCCUGACUCCCCCAACUUCGGGGCCCACUGGAUGAAAGCGCCCAUCUCCUUCAGCAAAGUGAAGCUGACCAACAAGCUCAACGGAGGUGGGCAGAUAAUGUUGAAUUCUCUGCAUAAAUAUGAACCCCAGGUUCACAUUGUGCGUGUUGGGGCUGCCCACCGAAUGGUUAUGAACUGCUCGUUCCCUGAAACCCAGUUCAUAGCCGUGACCGCCUAUCAGAAUGAGGAGAUAACAGCUCUCAAAAUCAAGUACAACCCUUUUGCCAAAGCCUUCUUGGAUGCCAAGGAAAGAAAUCACCUAAAGGACAUCCCGGAGGCUAUUUCUGAGAGCCAGCAUGUGGCCUAUUCUCACUUGGGAGGUUGGAUCUUUUCCAAUCCAGAUGGAGUAUGCGCAGCAGGCAACACCAACUACCAAUAUGCUGCUCCUUUGCCUCUGCCUGCUCCCCAUACCCACCAUGGCUGUGAGCACUACUCGGGCCUGCGAGGACACCGGCAGGCUCCCUACCCCUCUGCAUAUGUGCAUAGAAACCAUUCUCCCUCAGUUAAUUUGAUAGAAAGCUCAAGCAAUAACCUGCAAGUUUUCUCGGGACCCGACAGCUGGACUUCCUUAUCCUCCACACCCCAUGCCAGCAUUCUGUCUGUGCCCCACACCAAUGGACCCAUCAAUCCAGGGCCUAGCCCCUAUCCAUGCCUGUGGACCAUCAGCAAUGGAGGCGGAGGCGCUGCUGGACCGGUCCCAGAUGUGCAUGCCAGCACCCCGGGAGCAUUCCUCCUCGGAAACACAGCAGUGACAUCGCCCCCCUCUGUGCUGUCCACCCAAGCACCUGCUUCGGCUGGCAUGGAAGUUCUGGGGGAGCCUUCGCUGACCAGCAUUGCGGUGUCCACCUGGACAGCAGUGGCCUCACAUCCCUUCUCAGGCUGGGGUGGCCCCGGCGGGGGUGGGCCCCAUUCUCCUUCCUCACUGGACAGUUAGGCGGGAUCCUGGGAGCCUCUGCCAGCAGAGACCCUUGUGUGUAGAGUGUAGAAACCCCAUCUGUGAGUCCAUGAGGCAGACUGCAGGGCCUUCCCUCCUACCAGGCUGGGAGGCGGUCUGGGCUGCGCCCGAAGUCCUGCUGGGAGAUGGCUUAGUUGGGAUGCUGCUGACUGUGUCAUUUGCAUGUCUCCACCAUUUUCUUUUGCACUCCUGUUUCCUCAGAGGCUUAUCCUUGACAUGC